AUGGCAAAACUUUAUAAAUACCUCAGUUUCCCUGGAGCUCUGGCUUUUGUGAAGAAGUAUUUGAGAACAGAAUACGAUAGAUAUUUCCUGCUGGCUCUAGUACGCGUGAUUCUAGUGUUCCUGCCGCAGACAGGAUACGUGCAUAAGGAUGAAUUUUUUGACUCCUUCGAGGAUGCUGCUGGUGAUGCACUGGGCGUAGAUUCAGCAAGAGGAUGGCGAAUAGACGCUGAAGGCGUUCCAAAUCGUCAUAUUUUCUUCCCGUUGGCUUUGAUUGGAGGACCACUUUUUUUACUAAAGUACAUUCAAACCGCCCUGAGUUACAUAUCCGGAUUUCCAGUUCAAGUUGUGACCCCUUACUCCACACUAGUAGCACCAAGGCUACUGAUGUGCCUUUUGUCUUUUUUGGUUGAUUAUUGCAUGAUUGGAAUUUAUGAUACAAUAACACAAAAUAAUCCGAAGGCAGUCUCUUACAGAGUUAGAAGAUUGACAUUAUUAGCUGGAUCAGGAGCUAUGAUAAUUUAUGGAACGCGUACAAUAACAGGAGCAUUGGAAAUGUACCUUUUUACUGCUCUUGUUUAUGAGGUAACGCGUUCUAUAUGCCACUCCAACUCAAGUACAGUUAUUAUUCAAGAAGAUGAGGUGAAAGUUAUUUCUUACACCCAGAAUGAAUUUGCGACAGCAAUGCCGAUUGCCGCUUUGGCGGUUUGCGGUUACUUCAAUCGGCCCGGAUUUGCCAUUUUUGCGGCUUUUCCAAUAAUUGCUUGGAUGCUACGAACGGAAAGCGAGAAAAAUGAAUUGGGAAACGCAUCUGUAGCAUUUACUCUCGCAAAACGUGCAUUAUCUUUGGCUCUGGGUGCUGCUCCACCCUGUAUAAUUUUGUCAGGGGUAGAUACGUUAUAUUAUGGAGCCCCAUCACCAUAUAAUGAACCCAUUGCAUUUGUGAAUCAACCUGCAGUGGAUGGUAGUGACCCUAGACCACCUUGGGUCCCAUUUUGGAAUGCGAUAUGCCUUUUCAACAUACUUGGGAUCGUAGCUAUUUGGAGAUCCAUAAAUACUACUAUUUUUCUUCUGGUGAGGAAAAAUUAUUUCGCCGGCAAACGAAUGGAAGCAUUUCUCACAUGGUGUUCUGCUGGUCCAAUAUUUCUAAUGGCGAUUCUAUCACCAUUUGGAUUAGGAGCAAAAGAAGACCACUACCUACUUCCAGUUUUACCAUUAUUUGUUCUCCUGAAUUGUGAUAUUUUUGAAUAUUAUCAUCAUUAUAAUACACAACCAACCAAACAGCCGAGCAAUGAACAGAAGCAGGAACAAACAAAAUCUACAGAGGACAAAGAAAUUACAAUAUACAAUGGCCUUCUAAGAGAUGCUGGAACUUUUCAACUAAUUCAGAAGCUUCACAAUGAUAUUUCAACAGCAAGUGCACGUCAAAUAUACGUGUGUACAUGUCGCGUUCCCUCGAUUCCCGUCGCUCUGCUCGGUCUUCCCAAAGAACCGGAAGACUUAACGCUGCUGUAUGGCGGAUCCGGAGGCCAAAGGCGAAUUCGCUACGGAAGACGAGUCUACAUGAACGAAUUAGGAAACUGUACGAUUCAAGAGCUUCAUCGCCGUGUGGUCGCAUUAUUGGAUAUGUGCCGCUUGCGCUAUGGAAUUCACGAACGUCGCUGCACCAUCAUCGCCGCUUUACCUGGGACUUUGAGUGAUGAUUACGAAUCAUUAGUUUUACGCAGAAGAAAACGCGAUGGUGUGAAAUUGCAAAAAGAAAACGAAUUUUUCCCACAUGUGAGUCCAGGUUCUCCUGCUUCAAUUACGGAGGUUAUGAGUGCCGGAGCAACACUCCACUACACGGCAGCAGAGCCGACAGCGAGAGGCACGACGCAAAAGUGCGCCGCGCCUGAUGCUGCUCCACCGUACUACGUAUAUCAGUGGAUGAAACUUUCUGGUGAUAAUAUUUAG